AUGAAUCAAAAUGCGUUUUUUGAAAGCUUUUGUAAUACUAAUAAUAUUGUUAAAAUUAUAAUAAAUAACCAACAAUUUGAAGUUGAUAAAAAAGCAAUAGAAAGGAAUGGAAAAGGGGGAAUACUUGAUAUUCUUUUUAAACAAAAAGCAGGGACAAUAAUGAAAGGUGAAAAUAUUAUACUUCAUGGUGAUGAAGAAAAAGCAAGACAAUUAAAAGAAUAUAUAUCAUAUAUCGAAGCCAAUCAAAUCUAUGUACAAAAUUUAAGUUUAUAUGAAGUAGCACAAAAAGUAAUGGAUUUAGUCUGUUGUGGAGUUGAUUUAGGUGAGGCAUUAGAUUAUUUUAAUGCAAGAGAUGGUAGUGGAGAUGUUGUAGGUGAAAUACUUUGUAUUAUGGGAGAAUCUUUUACAACAAAUUUUGUUCAAGCUGACCAACAAGGUACAUGGCAAAAAAUGGUAUACGAAGGACUACAAUGGGCAUUCGCAAAUAGACCAGAACAAAUUCAAAAUAAUAGUGAUCUUUUAAGUAUAAUUUAUCAAAAAUAUAAUGAUUUUAAAGAUAUUUAA